AUGCAUUGGCUGGGUCACGCAGCGGGAGUAUGGGGCAUAACGUGGGCAGACCCAUCGAGAUUCUGGCCGAGGUACUCGAGGUAUACAGUCUCGUCCGUUUCUCGAUGUUUCCAAGGAUCUCGUACCCUAUUCCCAGUAGUAAUCAACACGUACGCCUGGCAACAGCACGCAAGCAGUGUCAAAGUAACUGGAACCAGGGCAGCUAUCCCUGGUACAGUGGGAAUAAACAAACUCGUUGUCUCCAAGGUUUACAAUGGUAUGGAGCUGCGUGGUCAGGGUAAUGCAAUGAGCAGAACUACGUCUUACGACCCUUCAACCAUCCAUCACCAACCAUCGUCUCUAGUUCCAAACAAAACCCACUCAACCCUCCCGAAUUCAUCAAUCCCCAUCAUGACUCGCUCCCACAAGGCAAACAACCGCAACCACGCCGCUCUCGCCAACGGUACUGCUCUCCCCGAGGAACAUAUUCCCAAGUAUUUUGCCAAGCACGGCUUCCUUGACAACGAGCCUAAGAAGGUCAAGAAGAACGGGGGUGGCCGCUCCAACUGGGGUAACGCUGGCGAAGAAGUCCUCGACGAGAACUUUACAUUUGCUCAUGCCCGCCGCCGGUCCAACAGCAGCAGCUACACCAGUGGUCAGUAUGACUUCAAGACCAAGUUCGACGUGAACGAGCCGGAGCCUGUGUUCGAGGAGAGCAUGGGUGCCGAGUUUGAUGAAGAAGAGACCCUGGCCAAGACGGACACCUCGUCCAGCAACGGCAGUGUCAAUGGCGAGGACAAGAUGGCCAAGAGCCUCUAA